GUUUGUGUGCGUGUGGGGCAAGCUGGCUUAUCCUGCAAUGUCUUCUUAAUCAGACUGACUGACCUCUCAAUACAGAGAACGGCUAAGCCAUCACAUGACCUGUUCUUUACAGAAGCAAUCAUAAGGAAGCUGAUAAACCAGUUUGUCAAGUACAGAGACAUAUCACCUGCGCAAAAACAGACAAAACAUGCUUGAAGAUUCAUUAUUUUUACUAAUAUAAAAUAGAGACACCAGAGAAAGACUAAGAACUAACAGAACAUUGAGAGAGGAAAAAAAGGAGAGACAGAAGAUAUUGAAGCAAACCUCAAGAACGUCAAACUGAUAGUUUGUGAUGCAUAAUGGAGGAAGAAGAGAAAUCUGAUCGUCUUGACAGUUGCCCAGCUCUUCCUGAGAUAAAGGCCAUUAUAAUAGGCAGUAAAGCAGAGUACAAACGUAGUGCAGCUAAUACCAUUAUUGGUGAGGAAGAUUGUAAAGUGGGUGAAGAGAUAGUCAAGAGUAAGAAGCAACAGAUUACAGUUCAGAACAGGUCUGUUACUUUGGUAAUGACACCGGGAUGGUGGAGGAGCUUCACACUGACCGAGAGUGCAAAGUAUUUAAAGAUGGAGAUUGUGCACAGUUUAAAACUGUGUCCUGAUCCACAUGCCUUCCUUCUAGUCAUCAAUCUACACAAACCAUUCACAAAAAUACACUUAAACAGUGUACUAGAACACAUGGAGAUUCUUGGUGAGCAGAUCUGGAACCACACCAUCGUUCUGCUCAUGUAUGACAACACAGAGAAGAGAGAUGUAGAUAACAAACAGCUGAUUGAGAGAGCAGGGACAGAGCUUAAUAUUCUUAUACAAAAGUGUAAGAACAGAGUUCAGGUUUUCAAUUAUACUGACAGCAAGGGAAUAAAUGUGGAAGAACUGUUUCAUGAGAUAGAGAGACUGAUAGAAAGCCAUGAAGGUUUUAAAAUUGACAGCAAACUGUUUGAAGAUAUGGAAGAAAAGAGAUGGACUGUGGAGAAACAAGCAAAGGAGAGAGAGAACGAAGUAAAAACAAAGAUGCAAACCUUGAAACAAUGUCUAACAGACAAAGUUUUCCCAGAGUUAAGGAUUGUCUUAAUGGGUGACAAUAUUGUGGGGAAGACCUCAGUGAUGGACACCAUCUUAAAAAAGAAAGAAUUAAAGAACCUGACCAAAAAGUGUGUGAUGAGGGAUGGAGAGGUUGACAAGAGAAAAGUCAUUUUAAUUGACACUCCUGGAUGGUGGCCCUACGCGUCUGUAAAGGAGACUUCAGAGUCAGUCAAGCAGGAGAUCAAGUCAAGUGUUAGUAUGUGUUCACCAGGACCUCAUGCAGUUUUGCUGGUUCUGCAGUCUGGUGUCGCCUUCACUGAAGCUCAAAGGAGGUCUGUCAAGGAGCACAUGGAGCUCCUGGGUGGAAAUGUCUGGAAGUACUGUAUAGUGGUGUUCAGUGGGGGUGACUGGAUGGGAACCUCCACUAUUGAAGAACACAUUGAGAGUGAAGGAGAAGCUCUGCAGUGGCUGAUCAAUAAAUGUGGAAACAGGUAUCACGUACUGAACUACAUGGAGCAGGACGAUAGAGAACAGGUGAGAGAGUUGAUGGAGAAAGUGGAGAUGAUGGCAAGAGAAAACAAAGAGCUCCUGACACCUGUAGAAGCAGGAAUGGAGGAGACCGACAGCGGUUGUGGAUCUAACUGGUCAGAGCAAGACAAGUUAGAGAGAGGAAGCUUUAAUCUGGAUCCCCCUGAAAUGAAUGAAGAAUAUGUUGCAAAAUGGCUUGAAAACACAGAAAUUGUGUCUAACUACAGGACCUUAUCAGAGUUUUCAAAGGAUAUUUCAGAAGAUGUCACACUAAAUCAAGAUCAAUGAUGUUUUCAGCUGUAAAAUAACAAAUUGUGCAAAUUGCAAAUUGCAAUUGCAAAUUGUGUGAAUCUGUACAUAUUUGCUCCAGGAGUGCUACAGAUUUCUUCUUAUUCUAAAAAACUAUUUGUUCUUAAAAUGCUUUUGAGUGUAUUCUUACAAAAUCUACCAACUUAUUCGUUAGUAUAACACCUGUCAUCACUGUAAAAACAAUGUAAUAAAUGUUAAAUGUUAUAAUAUUAA